CAAAAGUAUUCCUGAAUAUACACACUUAAGCUUCAUUGCUUCAGCCAUGGAGAUAAGGUGUCCUCGGACAUGUCUUCUUCCUCUAACCACCGCUGCCGCCGUCUUCUUCUUCUUCGUCCCUCAGAUUCUCAUACAGUUUGCUUAUGCUUCCGAGAAGGGAUACACUCGACAGCCUCCCGGGCGCAUCAUCUUCACCAAGCAUGACCGGUCCGAGUCGGAGCCCCAACAGGUGCAUAUUUCGCUCGCCGGAAGCGACCACAUGAGAGUAACGUGGGUUACGGAGGACCACAAGGCGCAUUCGAUCGUGGAGUACGGCACAGCUCCGGGACAAUACACCACCAUGAUAAGAGGAAACCAUACUUCCUACACGUACUUCUUCUACUCCUCCGGCAAAAUCCACCACGUCAAGAUCGGGCCACUGGAGCCGGCCACGACCUAUUACUAUCGUUGCGGUGGUUCCGGCCCAGAGUUCUCCUUCAAGAUGCCGCCUUCCACCUUCCCCAUCGAAUUCGCGGUUGUUGGCGACCUAGGGCAAACGGAAUGGACCAACUCGACCCUAAAGCACGUCGAGAGCAAGGACUACGAUGUCUUCCUUCUCCCAGGCGACCUCUCCUACGCCGACAGCCAGCAGCCAUUGUGGGACUCAUUUGGCCGCCUGGUUGAGCCGAUCGCAAGCCGCCGACCGUGGAUGGUGACCGAGGGCAACCACGAGAUCGAGAUAUUCCCCAUCAUCUACCCCCACGGGUUUAAGGCUUACAACGCCCGGUGGCGCAUGCCCUACGAGGAAAGCGGGUCUGAAUCCAACCUCUAUUACUCCUUCGAUGUCGCUGGCGACGGCAUCCACAUCAUCAUGCUGGGGUCGUACACCAAGUUCGGCUCCGACUCGGCUCAGUACAAGUGGCUUCAACAUGACCUGGCCAAGAUCGAUCGCAAGACGACGCCGUGGGUGAUUGUGCUACUGCACGCGCCGUGGUACAACACGAAUACGGCCCAUCAAGGUGAAGGCGAGAGCAUGAGGAAGGCGAUGGAGGAAUUGUUGUGCGGCGCACGGGUUGACCUUGUCUUUGCCGGGCAUGUUCAUGCCUAUGAACGAUUUACUAGAAUCUACGACAAUGAGGCUGACUCGUGUGGACCUGUGUACGUGACCAUUGGAGAUGGAGGGAAUAGAGAAGGUCUUGCAAUGUCGUACAAGGAACCAGCUUCACCUCUGUCGAUGUUCAGGGAGGCGAGCUUCGGACACGGGAGGCUGAGGGUACUCAACCAUACACAUAUGCACUGGUCGUGGCACCGCAACAACGAGACCAACUCCGUCGUGGCCGACGAGGUUUGGCUAGAGAGCUUGAGCGCCUCUAGUACUUGCAUGGGUCAACAACCAUCUUCACUUAAGGAUGAACUUUGAGCACAAAACGAUGCCACGACAGAGAUCCUUAGGUCCAGCAUGGGUCAAAUUGCAUGGUUGGUGGGUGAUUGAUACGUUGGAAGGACCCAAGAAGUCUAGUCAAAUUGCAUGUUUGGCAAUCUUUCUUUCCCCUUUGAAUACCUUCUUAGAUACAGUUUCUUGUAAUUAGAUGGGAUUCGCCCUUUGUUAACGACACACAAAAAAUUCUCAAGCAAUUAAUUGGGUUU